AUAUAAAGACACGUAUGACACCAAGCGCUCGCGCCGCGCACGCACUCCACAUUCUUCCGCCUUCGAAUCCACUGAAUAUCUAAUUCUCUCUCGCUCUCUCUCUCUCUCUCUCUCCUCGCCGGGAUCUAUCGGCCGCCAUGGACUACGUCAAAGUGAAGGAAGAGAUGGUCGAGCCUCUGCAAUCGCGCGAACCGAUUCGAAAUAUUUAUGCUCCGAACAGGCAUCCUGCCGCUCUUGCGGCGGUGAUUGAACUCAGCAGCAGCGACUCGGAGUCCUCCGACUCGGACGAUUCCUCCGAUUCGGACGAUUUUGUUGCCGGUGAGAAGCGUGCUGGGGAUACGGGCGGCUCCGACGGAGGUAAGCGGAAGAAGCAGAAGAUGGACGUGGUCUUGCCGGUCGGUUUCCUCGAUCCUCUACCCCCAGAGGAGCGGCUCCCGCUCCCGGCGCCGUCUGUGGUGGCGCCUGUGGUGGCGCAGCGGCGUGCGGGGGAUGAUGUUGUUGUCCAGGGCAGCAAGCAGUUUUGGAAGGCUGGGGAUUACCAAGGUUCUCCUUGUAGCGAUUGGGACGCGUAUUCAGGAGGCAUGGAUCAUGUUAGGGUUCACCCCAAGUUCUUACAUUCUAAUGCAACGAGUCAUAAAUGGGCACUUGGAGCUUUUGCGGAGCUCUUGGACAAUGCCCUGGAUGAGGUAUGCAAUGGAGCUACACAUGUUACUAUAGAUAUGAUUCAGAACAAAAAAGAUGGUAGCAGAAUGUUGCUGAUAGAAGAUAAUGGUGGUGGCAUGAAUCCUGAUAAAAUGCGACAAUGCAUGUCUCUUGGUUAUUCUGCAAAAAGCAAAUUGGCGAAUACCAUUGGGCAAUAUGGAAAUGGGUUUAAAACUAGUACGAUGAGGCUUGGAGCAGAUGUCAUUGUGUUCUCUCGUUGUCAUGGAGAAGUGGAGAAAAGCCCCACACAGAGCAUCGGAUUGCUGUCCUACACAUUUUUGAGGAGCACAGGAAAAGAAGAUAUUGUAGUCCCAAUGCUUGAUUAUGAAAGAGGAGGGCACGAAUUGAGCAAGAUUAUACGAUCAUCUGCGGCUGAUUGGAAUAAAAAUUUGGAAACAAUUGUGCAAUGGUCACCGUAUUCAAGUGAGGCAGAUCUUCUUCAACAGUUAAAUCACAUGAAAGAUCAUGGUACACGUAUUAUCAUAUACAAUCUUUGGGAGGACGAUGAAGGACAGUUGGAACUUGAUUUUGAUGCAGAUCGAUAUGACAUUCAAAUUAGAGGUGUCAACCGAGAUGAGAAAAAUAUACAAAUGGCAAAGCAGUAUCCCAACUCCAGGCACUUCUUAACUUAUAGACAUUCAUUGAGGAGUUAUGUAUCAAUCCUAUAUCUCAGACUUCCACCUGGCUUCCGAAUUAUUCUUCGUGGAAAAGAUGUUGAGCACCACAACAUAGUGAAUGAUAUGAUGUUUACACAGGAGAUUACUUAUCGUCCACAGACCAGUGCCGAUGGAACCCAAAAGGAUUUGAAUAUGGUUGCUGUUGUCACUAUUGGGUUUGUGAAGGAUGCAAAGUUUCAUAUCGAUGUUCAAGGAUUCAAUGUUUAUCAUAAGAAUCGGCUCAUUAAGCCAUUUUGGAGGCUUUGGAAUGCUGCCGGAAGCGAUGGUCGUGGAGUCAUAGGUGUAUUGGAAGCUAAUUUUGUUGAACCAGCUCAUGAUAAGCAGGGAUUUGAGCGUACAACUGUUCUUUCAAGACUUGAGGCUCGAUUACAACAUAUGCAAAAGAACUAUUGGUCUGCAUACUGCCAUAAAAUUGGUUAUGCUCCACGCCGUAAUAAAAAAGGUCCAAACAAUUCUGCAGUUAGAGAAAGUUCUCCUGACUUUCGUCCUGAAUCACCUUCUGAUCCUAAAAAGAAGUCUACUGCCUCAAGCAGCAAGAAACCACUUUAUGAUGCAGACAAGGUUGGGUCUCAAUCAAAUCAGGGAGUAAAGGGAUUUGAAAAAUCUUCCAAAAUUGGGGACCAUGGAUAUGGGAAUGGAUAUGUUUCUGGCAAGGAUAGCGGAGUAAAGAUUCCUACAAAAUCUGGAAGAAUACUUUCUUCUGAACCCACAUCACCUUCUGUGGAGGAAGUAGGCGGUGAUGAUACGCCUCCUGAGGGACGAACCCAUUGUAAUGGUGAUAAGACAUUCAAUUCUAAGAAGUCUGUUGGGAGAGAUGGCGAUCAUUCAACCCAGUCAUCUCCAUAUUCAGAAAAUACAGGAGCAUCACAUGAUCAUCAAACCCCACGGUCACAAACAAAGGGAAAUAUUGGAAAUGGAACCAACAGCAGUUUACGCGCAUUACAACAGUUGGAAGAAGAGAAUCGAGAUUUAAGGGAAAGAUUAAAGAGAAAGGAGGAAGAGGCUUCUGGUGAUUUACGGCAUGAAUUACAGUGUGAAAGGGAGAGGUGCAAGUCACUUGAAAGUCAGCUGAACGAGGCAAAACAAAAAAUUGAGGAAAUGAACAAGGAACAAGAAAGUCUGAUUGAUAUAUUCUCAGAGGAGAGGGACCGACGAGACAUUGAGGAGGAAAAUUUGAGAAAGAAGUUAAAGGAUGCUUCAAACACCAUUCAGGAGUUGCUUGACAAGGUGAAAUUGCUGGAGAAGAUGAAGUCUCCUAACAGCAAAAUAUAGCUGUAAAGUAGAAUCCCAUACGUAGUCAUGACUCGCCCACUGCUUUUUCGGUAACUCGGAUGAACCUAACAGUUGCGCUAUUAACUUUCCAACUAGAGGCUCGUUGUUCUUUGUAUAGUUUACUGAUACCGACUGCAGACGCCUUCACCCAUGUUGUGGUACGCUAGUCAAAUAGUUGAUGGGAGGAAGAAAAAAUAGAAAGAUAUACAGAAUUGUAGGAGUUGAAUGUGUAGUUUUGGAAACUGCAGCGGCUGGGUUUCGAUCCAAGUUUUGAAUAGAGUGCAACUCUGACUUUAGUUUGUAUAUGAUGUAAUCUCAUCUGAGUUCCUUGAAUUAUUUGGGUUCAUUUUUUUAAUUCCUUGUUCUCACGAGUACUUGUGUUUGCCCCUGGUGGCUCGAUAUUGGAUUUAAUUAUUUAUUUUUUUAAAAAAUAUUUUGUUAUAACCAUAGAUAUUAGCACUCAUAAAUGCUUAAUUUGAUAGCAGCUUUCUAAAA